AUGUUUGUAUGCGACGGCGCGCAAAAGGAACGGCCACCCUCGGACAAGUGGCGCCAUCGAUCACCAUCGCGGCGACAUGUGCUGUCUGUCAUGACGCAACAUUCCAACGAGUGGGAACUCGCAGUGGCCCCAUUGUCUACUGAAAGCAAGGCCAACAGCCAGAAUUUAUGUGAGACUGGUUCAGCGCUGCAGAACGUCAGCAUGAGAUGGUGUGUGGUGUAUUUGUAAGAAGGAACUACAUACGUACAUGGGUGCACUUGUGAGUACGAGCCAACCCGUUGAUACUGUAGUAGUACAUACAGCUCUUAUAAACGAGUAAAGGUAAACUUACUGUGAAUACUAGUUACG